AUGGAGGCCGACGCUAACUCCCUCCCUCUGCCUGACGUCAUGAAAGCCCCAAUCCGGCCCAACAUCCUCCAAGACGUUCAUCGCGACAUCUCCAAGAACUCUCGCCAACCCUACGCCGUCUCUAGGUCCGCCGGCCACCAAACCUCCACCGAGUCCUGGGGUACUGGUCGCGCUGUUUCCCGUAUCUCUCGUGUUCCUGGCGGCGGUACUCACUGUGCCGGCCAGGGUGCCCAUGGCAACAUGUGCCGCGGCGGCCGCAUGUUUGUUCCGACCAAGAUCCGGCGCUGUUGGCACUGCAAGGUCCCAGUCAACAAGAAACGGUAUGCCGUGGUUUCUACCAUCGCCGCCUCUGCAGUGCCUUCCCUUGUCAUGGCCUGCGGCCACCGCAUCAAGUCUGUCCUGCAAAUCCCCUGUGUGAUCUCCGAUUCAGCUGAGGCCAUGGAGAAAACCUCCAACGCUAUCAGUCUUCUCAAGAAAAUUAGGGCUUACCCCGAUGCUAAGAAGGCUAAGGACGGCCAGGGUAUCUGCCCAGGAAAGGGUAAGAUGCACAUUAUUAGACAAUACUACUAG